AUGAGGUAUUUGCCACGCCUCAAAGAUGGCACACCAGCGCCAAUGUCUUGGCCUCUGGCCUUGUAUCGACGGCUCAAUCACAUCGCUUGGCCGCUGGAGGAUGGCGUCAGUCGUCGAGUGGUGCUGCUCGAGCGCUUCGUCAUCUUUGUGGGAUUCCUGGUAUUCUGCCUGCACAACGAAGUGGACAUGCAUUAUUGUCUAGCCAAUAGAAAGGAUAUCGACAAGAUGCUCACGGGCAUGCCCACGUAUCUGGUGCUCUUCGAGCUGCAGAUCCGCUGCUUUCAGCUGGCCGUGAAGAAGAACGCGUUCAAGCGCCUGCUGCAGAAAUACUAUGCGGAUAUCUAUGUAACGGAGGAAGCGGAGCCUGUGAUCUUCGCUCGCAUACAGAGGCAAAUGCUGGCCACUCGCCUCAACUCGGUGGCUUAUCUGAUGGCCCUGCUGAACUUCUUGCUGGUGCCCGUGCAGAACAUAAUUCACCAUCGCAGGGAAAUGCUCUAUAAGCAGGUCUAUCUCUUCGACAACACGAAGCUGUAUUUCUUUAUACCGCUAAUCUGCGCCAACUACUGGGUGGGCAUUAUCAUAACCUCGAUGCUCUUCGGGGAGCUGAAUGUGCUCGGAGAGCUGAUGAUGCACCUCAAUGCGCGCUACAAGCUGUUGGCACGAGAUCUGCAUCGAGUGGCAAAACAUUUGCUGGAGAGCGCACACCCAGCCGAGAUCUCUGCGAAAUAUAGAACAGCAGUCGUCCAUAUACUGCGACGCAAUGCGGCUUUGAAUCAAUUCGGCGAGCAAAUGGAAUUGGAAUUCAGUUUUCGUAUAUUCAUAUUGUUUGCUUUCAGCGCUGCUCUGCUGUGUGCCAUGGGAUAUAAGGCAUAUACGAAUCCAUCGGCCAAUAUUGUUUACAUCGUGUGGUUCGCAGCGAAGCUCUGUGAACUCUUAGCUUUGGGCAUGCUUGGCUCGAUUGUCUACACAACAACGGAUCAGUUGAGCCUUAUGUACUACAGCUGCGAGUGGGAGCAGAUCAUCCACAAGUCGAGCAAUGCAUCUGAAAAUGUUGAACUUAUGAAGCUCAUUACAUUGGCCAUUGCAAUAAAUUGUCGCGCUUAUUGCUUAACGGGCUUAAACUAUUUUCGUGUCACUUUAGUUGCCGUGCUUAAGAUAAUACAAGGCGCUUUUUCAUACUUUACUUUUCUAACUUCGAUGCGCUAA